UUGGAGGCGUAGGCGAGGGAUUAGCUGAUAUGGAAAAGCAGGGAAUAGGCCACUCGCCAAAACGAACAAGAACACUUCAUUACUUGGUAACUUCUCUGAUUAAAGCAGUGAAUCUCACGGCGUCUACAUCCCGUUUCCCUUCUCUCUGUCUCCUCUUUACCAGCAACCAGCAGCCGUCGUUCUGUUCUAUCCCAGCGCAACCCUAGCCGCACCUGAGAUCUCGCCGCACCCUAGGCGCCUCCCUCAAAUAGCAGGAAGAUGGAUCGAACUGCUCCGGUCGUCGCUAUUGCAGAGGCUGUUGAUGCUGCUCGUGCUGCGGCUGUUGCAGCUGCGGAGGCGAGAUGUGCAGCGUUGGUUGCUGAGAAGGAGGCACGUGCGGCUGUUGAAUCUGCCACUAUUGCAGCGGGUAAGGUUGAACGUGUCGUAUCUGCUGUGAAGUAUGGUAGAUUUGUAGAAGGUGACUCCAUGGUGGAAUCAAAGGAUAAUGUUGACUUGAAGUAUCAUGUUAGCAUCAAGAACUCACUGCGAUAUGCCAUACAAGAGAUGAGGAGGCAAUCUUCAAUCAUACAAAACAUGAAUAGGUUGUGUUGUAGCAUCCCAGAAGUUGAAGGGGGUAAGGUUGGAAAGCUUUCUUCGCAUUUGAAGGAAGUGUGCAAGGGUCUCGAGAAGACAUCUAUUGUUUGUGAAGAAGAUCUGGAGAACAAAUGUCCUGGUUGGGACCUAGAUCAUCCCCCUUCAGAUGUUGAAGACGACUGUAACCCUUCAGAAUUUGAGGACCAAGAAGAUGGAUAUGUGUCAAAAGAUCCGGAGCUGUGGGAAAUGGUUUUUGAAGACAUGAAGUGGGAAGAGAACAAAGUUGCUGUCUCUUUGUUCGAGCAUUGUCGUAUUAUGGGCUACGACUACGACCAGAUAUUUGAUCAUACUACCAGAUGAACCUGUAACCAGUUUGUGUCAUGAGAUGAACUUGUAACCAGUUAUGUAGACUUUUGUGAUGUCAAGACUAUGUACUUGAAACAUCUCUAUGUGAUGUGGUCCAGUUUAUGUAAGACUAUCUAAGUAUUCAAGACAGCUAUGUAUGCAGUCUGUUCCCAGUUUUAUGUAAGACUAUCUAAGUAUUCAAGACAGCUAUGUAUGCAGUCUGUUCCCAGUUUUAUUA